UGGAACACUCCGGAUAUAAGACGUGAUCGGGAAUCGGUUGCUGUUUGCGGUCCGGCGAUGAACUCUGCUUAAACAUGAUGGACUGGAAAGAACUGGCAGCCCAGAAACUGAGCCUCUCUUCCAAGCGAAAGAAGGCCCACCCCCGCUCAGCUGCACCAACCAACUUUAGCGGAACCCUGCGCCGGGCUCCACCCCCCAUGCCGCCAUGCCUCCUGAGGGCCAGGUCAAAGGUCAAGGAAAAUCCUGGAAUGGGAAAGGUGAAGGUGAUGGUGCGGGUGUGUCCCUCCCACGUUGCUCGCGAUGGCCCCAAAUCCGCUUCCUUCCUGAAGGCGGACCCCCGAAAAAAGCAGCUGACCCUCUCUGAUCCCUCUCGCCUGGGACCUGACCAUACCCGGUCCUGCGCCCCUAAAACCUUCAACUUUGAUACUGUCUUUACCCAGGACGCCUCACAGGCUGAAGUUUGUGCUGGGACAGUGUCGGAGGUCCUCCAGUCAGUAGUGAACGGUGCAGAUGGCUGCGUCUUCAGCUUUGGCCAUGUUGGCCUUGGUAAGACCUACACCAUGAUGGGCAGCGACAGCUCCACCCAGAGCUUGGGCGUGGUGCCCUGUGCCAUUUCCUGGCUCUACCGGCUGGUGGAGGAACGUCAGGAGCGGACCGGCGCACGCUUCUCGCUCGCCGUGUCGGCCGUGGAGAUCAGCGGCAGGGAGGAGAUGCUCCGGGACCUGCUGGCGCCGAAUUCGGGGGACAGUCAGCGGGACGGCCAGUCCCCCGCACUCUACCUACACGAGGACCCAAUUUGCGGUACUGAGCUCUGUAAUCAGAGUGAGCUGCCGGCCCCCUCCCCAGAGCAUGCUGCCUCUCUCCUGGAUGAGGCCCUGGCCGCGCGGAGCUCCAGCAGGGACAGUGAGGAGGAAGAGCGACGUCACUCACACAUGCUGUUCACCCUGCAUCUGUACCACCAGCAGCUGGACCACGGCCAGGCAACGUUGUCUGGGGGGAGGAGUCGUCUGCACUUCAUUGACCUGGGGAGCUGUGAACCAAUCACAAGCGAGGGCCACAAUAGGGGUGGUGGCCAAUGCCUGACUCUGCAUACCCUGGGAAAUGUCAUCCUGGCCCUUACCAGUGGGGCUAAGCAUGUACCUUACAGGGUAUGCAAGCUUACGAUGUUGCUGAGCGAGUCUCUGGGGAACAUCAACUGCAGAACCACCAUGAUCGCUCACGUCUCCGACUCUGCGGCUAAUUAUGCAGAGACAAUUAACACCAUCCAGCUGGCUUCUCGCAUUCACCGUAUGAGGAAGAAGAAAUCUAAGUAUGCAUCAAGCUCUUCUGGUGUGGACACUCUUUGGGAAGAAAAUCAAGGGCUAACUGACCGGAAGUUUUCCUACCCUCACACUCUGAGCCUGUCAAUGCCCACCUUGCGUUGUGCUGACAGAGGCUACUCUUCCAGCAGUGUGCAACCCAGAGAUACAGUUGUCUACGUGGGGCUGGGAGGAACCGCUGUCUGCGAGCGCGAGCUGUGUGUCAGCGAGGCCCCGCCUACUGCUGUGCCCAUCAUCCCCUCCCUGAACAGGAAGCGGGUCAGAGAGGGUCACCCUGGCGAUGGGGAUCACAUUAAGUGCAACACCUUCGCAGAGCUGCAGGAGUGGCUGGAUUGUGUUGGGGAUAAUGACGGAGGCAGGGGGCGUCCCCUGGCUCAUGGAACAGGAAGUGUGAUGGCCAAGCUGACAGAGCGGGUUCGAUUUCCCACCAAGGCCCCCACACUCUCUUACAAACUUAGUGAAUCAGCUGAGUGCCUACCCUGUUGCACACCAACCUCCCACUUGCCCAACAACGCCUCCUCAGAGUCUGAGAAGGGCUAUUAUAAUUGGCGAGACCAAACCCCAGACCGUUUUGGAGGGAUGGGUGCGGACAGGGAAAGGGCCUUAUAUUCCGAUGCAUUUCAUAAGACUGCGUCUCUGAACAGAAGACACCAAUCCAAACCUGCACCUCCUGCUACAGAGCAGGAUAUACCACAGAGACUCCCGUUUUUGACAGAGGGCAGCUCUGCCUGCAGGGCACCUCCGGUGGGAAUGAGCCAGAAAGCAGAGCCUGGGAGGUCCCCUAUCCCAGGAACCCAUAGCCUCAGCAGGGCUCCCGCAGAAAUGAGACCCUUGCGCUCAAUGCCAAAAGGCAGGUCCUUCGACCGGGAUGCCCUGAUGACCACCGUCACCCUGCGGAGGCCUGUGGAGCUAAACGGGGAGGACGAGCUGGUGUUCACCCUGGUGGAGGAGCUGUCCAUCGGAGGGCUUGUGGAGAACGCUAUAUCGCCUGGCAUAUCGCCAUAUCGCUUCCAUGGUGACCACCGCUCUUCUCAGACCCUGCCUGCUGGGUUGCACCGGGUUGCCAUUGUCAGCAGCAUCAAUGACGAGUUUGAUGCCUACACAUCUCAGGUGGAUGUCUCUGGGCUGAGAAAGGGGAGGGGACACACACAGGGCACUGGUCCAGAGAAUGUACCACACUCAGAUUUCUCUGGAAUGCACCGUGAGGAAUCCUCCUUGAAAAAGGACACCAGAAGUUUGACAAAUGAUGGCACCGCUACUGCCUCCAAUAAAUCUCCCCCCAGCAAGUGCUCACCUAUCCUGGAGUCCUCAAUACCACCUUCCAGGGAUUGUAAAACAAGAAUCAAUGCUGUCAAUACCUUUUCACAACCCCAGAUCCCACAAGCUUACUCAACUGUUCCAAGGAAUAUCAAACCUACCUCAUCUAUUGCACAAAGUAACAUCAACGAUGAGCAGCAGAAGCCGCGGGGAAAGCCGGAUGACUCUUGGUUGAACUUCGACAGACACAGGGAUUCAAGAGCUGCUGAGUUGGAUUCUGCCAACAGGCAAUCAAGAAACAGCUCCAGAAGGCAAGUUGGAAACAGCAACAGUGUACCUCGACCACCAAAGCAACAGGGGCAUUGUUCACCCCAAAGGGUAGUUGACGGAUGUGAGAGGUCCAACGACAGCAAAGCUGAGACUUCCCACAGGGUUCCAAUGCUCAGACGGGAGGCGACCACACUCGGCAUAAUGCCCGUCAUUCACAGUUCCAGUCACACUAAAUCAAAUGAAGACAGUAUAUUUACAACUGGAAGCCUGAAGUUUUUGUCAUUAAGAAAAAAGUCUAGUGGACUGAAUGGUUCAUCUUCAAAGCCUCAGGGCAGCUCACAUUCCCCCCAACCUGUCCAAAGAUGCAAGCUAGAUCAGAAGUAUAGGAAUAAUUUAUCUUCAAGGUCUACUGAAUCCAAGUUAUCCCUAUUGGAAGUGGAGUUUGACAUGCGAUUCAAAGGUUACACAAGUAGCCACAAAACUUCUAGCCUUAAGGCUGACCACACCUCAGCCAAAACAAAAUCAAGUCAGAAGACCCGAAGGCACAAAGGCAGCACUGGACACGGAAGUCAUGGGAGUCUCGCGUCCUUGGAAAGGUAUGACAGCCUGACAUCUGACGGCUCAAAAUCGGGUCUUUCCCGAGAGAACAGUGAUGCCAGCUUGGGCAGCAGGAGCAGGUCUGGAAGGUUGGGGGCUCAGCCAGGAUCUUCAGGCUCUGCUUCCUCCUCCCCACCUCCUUCUUUCGCCACCCCCAGAACCUCUGGCAAGCUAGAGCACAUGCAGGGCAGCACAGUCACCAUAGCUGGGGCUAUGAAUGCAAACCAGGUCCACAGCAUGUUUUCUGGAAACUCCUUGCCACAGUGUCCCCCUAGCAUAUGCAGUGUUGCUCCAUCUACUUGGAAUGCCUACCUACAUCCGAAUGGAAAGAGCACAACUUUUUCUGCACCAGGGGUCGCUGGAAAAUUAGGGAGAACCACCAUCGUGAGUACCAAGCAAGUGUCCCGUGCUGCCAACAGUAGGGUCAGCGAGCUGGCAUCUGGGAGCUCUGUUAGGCACCCCAGGAGCUCAGGGGACGCUGAGAGCGGUGGAAACCUCAGUGACAGCGACCAGCUCGCCACAGUGCCGCCGUCCCCUUACAGCAAGAUGACAGCCCCCAGAAUGCCAUCGCGCUACAGCAGCGGGCACUGCAGCGACAACAGCAGCGUGCUGAGCGGGGAGCUGCCCCCGGCCAUGGGCCGCACCGCACUCUUCUACCACAGCGGCGGCAGCAGCGGCUACGAGAGCAUGAUACGUGACAGCGAGGCCACGGGCAGCGCCUCGUCCACCCGCGACUCCCUGAGCGAGAGCGGCGGGUCCUCCUUGGGCCGAAUCCGAACCCCCAGGUCCCCCAAGAAGCGGACAAAUGGCUACCAGCGGAGACGUAUGAUCCCAGCCCCCCUGACGGACACCCCACCGUCGGGGAGGAAGGCCGGCACCAUGGGCCAGUGGGUGGACCUGCUGCCCCUGCCUGGUACUCUGAAGGAACCCUUCGAGAUCAAGGUGUACGAGAUCGAUGACACGGCCCACUUGCAGCGGCAGUGCCCGGGAGGCACGGCGGAGGGCCUGCUGUACUUCAACACCAGGCUCAAGAUGCUGGAGAGGCGGCAGCAGCAGAUCCUCAACCUCCGGGUCAAACACGAGAAGCUGAAAGGGGAGCUGGAGGACGUCAAAAGCAAGCUGAUGCUGGACCCUCAAAAAUGGAUAGGAGAUUUUGAGGUUGAGCCAGAGCUGGACAAGGAGUCCCAGGAGUACCUGGAGGCCCUGGCACAGGCGACCGGCGAGCUGGAGUACUGCGUCAACCUGUGCAAGUCGCGCGUGAUGAUGGAGACCUGCUUCGACAUCGAGGUUACCUCACGGACGCAAGGCGGACUGCGAGAGCUUCAGGUUUGAGCAUGGACCCCUGGGAACAGAGCCCGGGAGAGACGCCAAGCAAGGCAAACUCUGAGUGACUGCCAGAGAAACCUAUUGACAAGCAUGAGUCCAAUCGCCAGGCAGCCGCAUUAACGCAUUUGGCUUGCGGCGAAGUUAGCGCAAUCCUGCAGAAGACAAACCAAGGCCUGGAUUCAGUUUAACUGCAAAAUAUCUUACUGCCAAUAGCUGCAUUUUCAUUAGUAUGCAUUUCUGCAACUUUUAGAAUCUUGAUUUGCCUUUUUCUGCAACACGGUCAAUAGAAAUGUAAGGGCGACUUUAUAAAAACUCCCGAACUCACUCAUUAAGUCCACAGUUUGGUGGGAUGUGAGAUAGCUGUUCCUGAAUGUGCAUUAAAUGCAAAAGGGAAUGGAGCUUAAGCUAGUUAUUUAUUUAGUCUCCACUGACUACAUCAACAAGGCUUAAACGAGUCGCAUGAAACCAGUUUUCUUGACAAAAAUUGGAAAAUGGUUUCUUCUGCAUGUAAGUGAAGGCGACUGUUUGUAUAGUGCUCCAUAUUCUCUGUGACUUCCCAAAGGAUAUGUAUGACAGUACAAACUCAUUUGGGGGUUCCUGGGGGUACAUUAUUAUGCAUUUGGUGGUGUUGUGCAAGUAUUUAAAAAAAAAAGUUUCUCUGGGCAAAUCUUUAUUAUGGUUAAAUUGAAUCCUGGGUGGAGAUUUCUGGAAGUGCCUUUUCUAAUUGUUUUUCAUGUGAAUAUUCUUUUCUAUGGUGCUAGUAUUAAAUGCAGCAUACCGAAGAAAAUCUGAAACAUAUUCCUUUUAAGGGAAGAAAAACUUUUUAUAUUGUGUUCCACAGUGUAUUUAUAUGAUUUUACU